UUCUUGGCGUGGAGGAAUGUUGGUGCAUGCAGCAGGCGACUGGACACGUUUGGGAUCCAUCGGCAAGGUGCAAUUUGUCAAGGGAUCUUCCUGUUUUGGGAGUCUUCCUGCCGCCUCAUCCACGAACCUGAAUCUGUGAGGCUUCCAGUUCUGGCAACUGUAUCAGACCCGCUGCCUCGGCAAGAGAGGACGGGAUUUCCUUGUGAUUGUCCAUAAAUGUUAGUCCAGAGGAAAAACGGGCAUGAGGGCUUGCCUUCCCGGUUCAGCGGCAGCCGCAGGUGCUUGCAGUGUGGUUCAGGAACUGAGUCCCCAAGUCUGUCCUGCAAAGACCCAGAAAUUUCUAGAAGGAACCGUCAGUCCUUUGCCACCACUGCGCUCAAGUGGAGAAGCAUGAAUAAGUUUCUCUUUCCAGCAAAGGGGAUUGCCAAUGGGGCACCAGGAUCUCUGGAGCCCGAGUGCUUGAGAAGACCAGGGAGAGAAUUUGAUGGGGAAUCGCUCAGCCCCAAGCAUCCUCACAGAUCCCGGUCCACGAGCUCACAGCGAAGCAGCCGUUUCAGGGACAGCAGAAUAGGUUUAAGCACCGACGUGGAGUCCUCUGAGGGGCCUUCCCACUUGACGCUCGGCUGGCGGCAUCCUGUAUCUCGUCUCCCGAGCCACGAUUCAGGAGCAUUUGGUCCCCUGCAGCCAUCGGCUAGAAGACGGCGGAGUGUCUCAGAGCAGGACCUGAGAGCAUCCCUACCCGAGAGGGUCCAUAAGGAGGCGGAACUGGCGGCCUUCCUAAGGGAAGCUGACCAUAUGCCAAGAGGAGAAAUAAAAGAGCUGAGAAAGCUGGAGAUAGACCUGAACGUGAUGAGGUUUGAGCUGCUGUCCCUGAAGCAGAGGAUGGAGAGCUCCUUCUUCCUUCUGGAAAAGGAAAAGAUGUGGUUGGAAAUGAUGUCUUCUGCAGACAGGAAGCGAAAAUGGGAGCGGGAGUAUAAGAUGUUCAGUUUGAAGAUGGAGCUACUGAAGCCCAAAUCGUAUUCAGGCAAAAGGCGAUACAGAUUAUUAUCCCGGGACUCUGGCAAAAAUGAAAAUAUGGGAAAGAAGGAUAUUGGCCAACAUGUGCCGGCCCUUCAAGAAACCCUGGUUGCUCAGGAGAACUGCAUGAACCCCUUGCAUGAAGAGCAGAAGGAAACGGCACAGCAGCUGAAACCUGCCAAAGAGGAGGAGAACCUGCUGCCUACUCAAGUGAUUGGCUUGGAAGGGGAAGUGGAUGAAGCAUCUCCAAAACCGAAUCGAGUGCUUUCGGAUAGGGAAUGCCUCCUCCAGGUACAGAUGCUCCCUCUGGAGUUGGAGUGUAUGCAGAAGAAGCAGGAAGAUGACUGGCCAUUGGACCUCAGUGCGGACUGUGUUGAGGCCGAGUCCCUGGUCAGCCAGCAAGACCCAGAGAAGGUUCUCCUAAAAGGGGAACUGAAAUCUGCCAGACAGGUAAACGAGGAACUUUCCUUGGAAGUAGCUGAAAGCCGCCAGAGUCUAGAAGCCUCUUUAGACAGCCUUCAUCGUUUGGAAGCCGAGAAGGAGAACCUGGAGGCUCGUAUUCAGGACCUGGAGAGUGAACGGGCCCAGCUGCUGAGGGAGAGGGAAGGGAGCCCCCGUGAAGGGCCAGCGAAUGGGGCAAGCCAGCAUGAAGAGGUGGAAGCUUUGCAGGAGACCUGUACAAAUCUCAGGGAAUCUCAGUGCUUUCUGAAAAGGGAGAAGGACAUCUCGGAGACUCGUUGUCUGGAACUGGAAGCUGCUUUGCGUGGCAAACAGGAGGAGAUGGAGAAACACCUGGCAGAGCAGAAACAGGUUUCUCAGUACUGGCAGGACAGGUGGGACCAGGUGGCCACAGCCCUGAAGGCCAAGGAGGAGGAGCUGGAGAAAACACAUGUGCAGAGCCAGGCCUCAUCUGCUGAGUUGGAAACUCCUCUGCUUCUCCAGAUGCAGCUAGACGCUUGUAAACAGGAGCUGGAACUGGAACGGAACCGCAGCCAGGCCCUGCAGCAGCACGUGCAGCAGCUGCAGUCUGGGAGCCAGACCUUCGCUGUUCCUACGAAUGAGACUGCUCCACAAAAAGUAGAUGCAGAAGUGGUCCAAGUCCGAGAGGAGCUACAAAAGGUCUGGGACAUGUUGAAGUCUCGCGAUACUGAACUGGAAGGGCAGCAGCUGGAACUGGAAUCCAUCAGAAGCCAGUGUGCAGAAUGCCGCUCGGAGAAGCAGCACCUGGAUCGAAUAGUUGCCUCUCUGGAAGAGCAGCUGGCUGAGAAAGAACAGGCCUUGAAACGCCUCGAGGAAGCCGAGAAUGUGAGCAGAACGGAGAAGGAGAUGAAAAUUUCUGCGCUUGAGCGGAAGCUGGCAGAAAUCGAAGCUGUACAAGACCUCCCGGGACUCGGGUCGCAUAAUGCUCCCGAGACACGAGAAAUGGGGAAGAACGGGACAGGCAAGGACGAAGAAUCCCAGGGGAGGUGCUCUCGCCGUAGCACGGCUCCAGCCCAGCUGAAUGAAGUGAUUCAAAGUGCAGAAAAACAAGAUGAGGAGGAACUGACCUUGGGUGGCUUGAAUCAGGCAAAGGACCUUUUGAAGGGGAGCGUAUCGGACCAACCUCCAGUUCCCAGGCCGGAGCAGAGUCCAAGCCCAGACACCGCCGUAAAAGUCAUCCCAAGCCCCCAAGAGGAGAAGGAAAUCCUGAAAUGGCGGCAUCAACUGGUCACUGAGCAGCUGAAGGGGCUUUUCAAGCAGAGGCAGCAACAGGAACAGUCCAAAAAGCAGCUUGGAAGAAGCAAGGAAGAGAGGUCACAGGCGCCUCGGAAACCUCAAGAGGCUGUUCCCGAGUCCGCCAGGCCUUCGGAAGGUCAGUCUGCAGACCCAGAUAUGCCCAGCAGCAGUGCAGAAGUACAAAGACUCCAGCGACUACUGAAAGAGAAAAUGGAAACCAUCUCCUCCAUGGCUUCAGAGAUUCAGGCUCUACAGCAGAAGAAUGAGUCUCUAAUGAAAGCUAAACUGAGGUUCCAGCAACAGAUCCAACAGAUCCGCAACCUUCCUAAGCAACGGCCAGAGAAGAGCAAUGCCGAGCUCCUGGUGCCGCGCCUCUCUGCCAGCCUGGGGCAGGAUGUGCACAGUGCCGAAGGCAGUGACAGCUCCGUGCCUUCUCCGCAAAGUGAUGAGCCUCCGUUCACAGGCAGCCGAGAGGACCUGAGGAAGGCGCUGGACUUGCCUCAUCAGCACGUCGGUGCCGAAGACCGGAAGGGCAGUACUUCCGAUGAGAGCACGUGCCAACGGCACUUCUCGGCUUUGCCUUCGGCACAGUCACGGCCCCCGGCUGUGCCUUCCGCCAAACCCAAGCUGGAGCUCGUCCUUCCUCUGCAGGCUGACAGCGAAGGGUCUUUGCUUAGUCCCCGGGGUUCAGCUCUUCUGUCCCCAAGGCCUUUCGGGCCCCCAAGGCCUUGGUCGCCUUUUAAAUUCAAAGGGAGCCCCGACAUUCCAGAGGAUAGAGAGAAGCACUGAAUGGAAAAUCGCCAAGAGUCCAGUAGCACCUUUAAGACUAACCACCUUUAUUGUAGCGCAAGCAUCUGAUGAAGAGAGCUGUGGCUCUCUAAAGCUUACGCUACAAUAAAGUUGGUUAGUCUUAAAGGUGCUACUGGACUUUGCGAUUUUGCUACUUGUAGACUAACACGGCCAACUCCUCUGGGCUGAAUGGAAAAGGGCUGAUCCUUGGAUUUCAUCUUUUCCCCCCAAGUCCACAAGAACCUUCCACCAUAUCGCCAAGCUUUAUGGCGGGAAUCCCUAUUUCUACUUUAAGAAGUGUGUUUCCCCCUUCCUUUAAUUAAAAGGUUCCGUAUU